UACACAGAAAUUUAGAAAUAGCAACGGGGAAGUGCUAAAUUCGUGGAAGUACCUUUCGGAAUUUGGUGCUCAAAAUCCCGUCCCGUGUCCCAAUAAAUGCUGCUCCAAACACAAGUACAAACCAACUAAUUGAGGAGUGACAAAAGGGAGAUGCAUAUACAGACAUAAAACAGCAAACUUUGUAUACAUAAAUAUAAUACAGGGAAAGACGAUGAUGGAUUUUUGACCAUUGAAAUGAAAAGUUGGCAAACUUUCAGUACUUUGGAUUCACAUGGCUGGAAAAGUUCUUGUAGACCAUUGGGAAGACUUAAAGCGUUGCUGCAUUGAGCAGUCUGUUGAGGACGUGAGGUCAUUGUUACAGAGGCUUCGAGAAAAACAUGGACCACAUUAUGUCACUAAUCAGUUAAUUAACAGUGAAGGAGCACCAAAUGGUUCAACAUUGCUACAUUUGUGUGUAAAGAAAAAAGUCAGGGAUAAGCGAGUUAUUGAAGUACUAAUUAGGUUUGGAGCCUCAGUUGAUAAACGAGAAGAGAAUGGCGACACUCCUCUACAUAUUGCCAGUCGCAUUGGGGAUAUAGAAAGUAUCGAGUUUUUGUUGUCUUCUGAACAUGACAACUUUAAUAGCUGCCGAGCUGAAGGGCAUCCCUGCACAUGCGGUCAAAAGGUUAUGCUAGAGCAGAGAAAUCUGCAUAAAAGAUUGCCAAAGGACGAGGCAAAGUUGAGCAGAUCGCGUGCAGAAAAAGUUUUAUUUGAAAAAGAAAUUUUUUAUUAUGCAAGAGCUGGCAAAAGCCCCAAGUUUAUGCACAAACUGUUAAAUUCUGCAAUAGAGGAUGUUACUGUCGAGAAAGACUUUAAUGUGAAUUUUGUUAAAUUCUGUAUUAAAAUUUCAUACAUCCGACUGAUUGCAAUUGGUGUCCUAAGGUUGCUCAAGAAUAAAGAUUGCAAAAGCUCCAUCAAUGAUUGCAUUAAGGAAGCAGAAGCUAGAUCAAAGGCUUCCUUGUUGCUCAAAAUGUUUUUAAAACUAAUAGAUGGAGAUGUGAGACUCUUUGAACAAAUAGCACUUGGGGAUAUAGAUUGGAUAUAUACACUAGACCAAAGAAGUGGCAUAGAUGUGAAAGAUCCGUGCGAAUUGUUUGACCCGGACUGGAAAGCAAUUGUUGCGUGUUUAACAUCUGCAGCCGUGGAACUAAACAUGGAUGGAAUUGUGAUCCAGUUGUUAAAACUACAGCAUAAGAGUGGCAAAAAUGAAAUUGACCUGGAUAGUUUAUCCUUGCCAAGGUUAGAGCAGAUUUGGCUUAAAGAAAUUAACGAUAAUAAAGUCGAAGUAUUGUAUUUAUCAAACAACAAGUUGAAGUAUUUGCCUAAAUUCACCGUCGGGGAAGCUUCAUCUAUGGAAUCAAAUAUCGUGAGGAGCUUGCGAAGCAGAAGGCUGUUUGAAAAUCUCACAAAGUUAGAUGUUUCGCGUAACAAGUUGCAUGCAGUUCCUCCUGAAUUAUUUAAUUUGGAGUAUUUGCGCAUUCUUGAUCUGUCAUAUAACAACAUCAGAAGGCUGCCAGAUGACACUGUCUGGAGUGAAAAGCUUCACUCCCUGUACUUGCAACAUAAUCAAUUAAACUGGCUUCCAAAAUCAAUAGCAACUUCCUCCAUAGCUACACUUGACUUAAGCUACAAUAAGUUUGAAAAUUUGCCAGAGUGUGUAUGCAAUAUGCUUAUGCUGAGUCAUCUCUCAUUAAAUGGAAACAAAGGUAUUCUGACUUUCCCAAAUGAGAUGGGCAGAAUGAAGUUAGAUAUUUGGAUGGAACUUGAAGAAAUGGAUCAGCUUUUACAUCCUGUUAACUUGCUUAAGAACGGUACCAAACCCCUUCUUCUUCACCUACGGCGGCAUUUGUACCAUACAGAGCAGAACUGUAAGAUGAAUUUGAUGGUCAUCGGACCGUGGCACAGCGGUAAAUCAGCUCUUGUUAACCAUAUAUUUGAAAGAAGGCGUUCUGCAAGGGAAACUAAAGGAAUCGUUUUGGACAAAGUGCUCUCCUUUCGAAAUAAGUUUCGCAGAUUCAAUUUGCAAGUUGUAGAUUUUGCUGGGGAUAUCGAGUUUAGCACAAACCAGUAUUUCCUGACUAAGCGAGCCUUAUAUGUCCUUGUUUGGAAUAUACGUGAAAAUAAAGAAAGUCUAAAGGAAUGGUUAAAUUGCCUCGUUACUUAUGUCCCUGGAGUUCAUGUUGUCGUUGUUGGCACGCAUUUUAACCCAACUGAAAUGUUAGAAGAUAUAAAAGAUGUUAAAAGAAGUCUCAGGGUGUGGCUGCAAUCUGAACCACGUUUUGCUAACUUGCGCUUUGGGGCGGAUGUAAACCGGAAAUCUGGGGACAGAGAAAUAGUAUUUGGUAAAUACUGGUUUAAUGCAGUGGAUUGCACUUUCCCUUCUAUAGGAAUUAAGUCGUUGCGAAAGAAUAUCUUCAGGAUUGCAAUGACUGUACGCCAUCCCGAAACAAAAGAAUUGGUGUUAGGCGAGAGGUUGCCAUCCUUCUAUCUCAAAGUUGCUGCCAAAAUUAAAUCGAUCUGCAAACAGCCACGGUGCCAAGCUCACGUCCACCAGCCCCCUAUCUUGAAGUACGAAGACAUGUUGGAAAUGGUACGCUCUGAACAAAUGAAUGACACGUGUUUGUGUUGCUGCAGAAAACGAAGCAGUAAUACUGGAUGGUCAGCUGACGAAAGAGAUCUCAACGAUGCUGUUCAAUAUUUGCAAGACAACGGUAUAGUCCUGCACAUCAAAAAGAAUGCCAGCUUAAAAAAUCUGUACUUUAUUGACAUUCGGUGGAUUCAAGAAGUGUUGUUAGCUCUCCAAGAUCAGAAAGUUUCUGGCAUGGAUGGUGGUCACUUAAAAAUAUCAACAAUUAAAAAGAUAGUCAAUGCGAUCGAACCUAAGUAUCCCUUCCAUGACGGAUACAUCAAGUUCUUACAGAUGUUUCAUAUCGGAUUCAAGACAUCCAAGAAAACAAUGCAAAUUGCGUAUUACAUGAAGGACUCUCCACCUGAUUCAGUGGAGAAAUUCAAAAUAAAAUCCGGCGUUAGAUAUCAGCGACUUCACACAAUGAAUUAUGUGCCGUUUGGAUUUUGGGUAAAACUCAUCUCUCAAAUUUUGUACUACCUAAAUAGGAUUCUAUUAGGCCCAGAAGAUUUGGUGUACUAUCAACAUGACACAUCGGAUCUUGCUUCUAAUGUUCUUUCCAGUAACGUUCACUAUUGGAAAAAAGGAUUCGUAUACGCAGACAGCGGUAAUGAAGUCUUCAUCUCUGUAUCUCAAAUUGAUGUAAAUCAUUCCGGGUUUGGCAAAUGUGAAGAAUUGAUAGAUAAAGCUGUUAUUCUGACUGAAGUAAUAACGUCUAACAGCAAUAGAAGUGCUCAACUACUGGCGGAUGUUGUUGACCACAUUAGAACGGUGAUAGUCGAGUGGCACAAAGCUUUAGCUGAUCUAUCCCAACCCAACGGAGUUCUUCAGUAUUCACCAUGUCGUAUUUGCGUUGAUGGCGGAAAGGACCAACCAACGUUGUUUUGCAUAGAUUACUGCUUGGGAGAGUACUUGAAAGAUGAUGCUAACCUACUAAAGGGUUUUUGUUGCUACAAGCAUUCUUUUAACAAUUGCAUGGAUGUUUCGAAAGUCUUUCCAGAGUUCACCUUCAAAGAUCAUCCGACAUUGAUUUUAAGGGCAUGUCAUACACUGGAGUAUUCAUCCCAAGAGGAUGCCCCUUGUGGGGGCGGUGGGAGGGUAUACACAGGGACGGUGAUAACGCAUGCGCUGUGUGGAACGCACCCAAUGAAUGCAUAUAAGGUGGCUGUAAAGCGGCUCCACUUUAACAUAGAAGAUCAGGACCGUGUUGAAAGGUUCUUUGAUUUUAGAAAGGAGGUUCUCAUGUUAAGCGAUGCAACUGUUCAUCCGAACAUCGUUUGCUUCUAUGGAAUUCGGCUAGGAAAGCAUCUGGAAAUGAUAAUGGAGUAUGCAAAGUUCGGUGCGCUAACAAACAGCUUGCACAGAUUCGAUCGCGUUCUUUUGUACCGUGUAGCAUAUCAAGUAGCCGAUGCAAUCGCAUUCUUGCAUCGGUGUGGGAUGCUGUAUCGUGAUUUGAAACCAGACAAUAUUCUGGUAUUUUCUGAGGACAUCGACAAGGAGAUCAAUGUGAAGAUUGGCGAUUUCGGUACUGCAAAUUAUAUGGCACCUCGUGGUAUGGCUGCACUUACUGGAACACCACGGUAUUUGCCACCAGAAAUGUUGCUCGAAAAGUCGGAUUAUACCAAUGCUGUGGAUGUAUGGUGUUAUUCUCUCGUACUAUAUGAAUUAGUGUCAAAGAUUAUCCCAUUUAAGGGUUUUGAUAAUAAGGACAUUGUGGAACGUUUAAGGUUGCGUAAAAGACCUGAGUUUACCAAUGAGGCAAUAAACCUUCAUUGCUUGAAGGAGUUGACGACUGCUUGUUGGCAACACAACCCAUCAGAUCGGCCAGAAGCUUUUCAUGUAUUUAGCGUGUUGGAGUCGACGCCAUUCCAAUUGUUCAUGGGAAGCAUUCCGUACGCGAUGAAUGUACAACACUUGAAAAGUUAUCUUUACGAGUCGCCAUUUUUGUUUAACGCUGAGAAACUAGAGUUCCAUGUGCUUAAUUUACAGACAAGAAAAGUCGGCAAUCCGCAAAACCUUAGACAAGUUAGACGGCAGACACAGUUGCGUGAUCAAAUGAAUGCAUUUGAGGACGCAAAUGUCAUCUUAAGUUUUGCGUUUAUCGACCAAAGACAUGUGGCUUUUCUUACCAGGACGAACAAUAGCUCCAGUCUUAUUGUGAUACAUCUUAGCGACAGUCAUGUUAGUGCCGACGAUCAAACAACAGAAGGUGAAUACACCGUGAUUUUUUCAACCAUCAUGCCAUGGGUUACUUGGACUCGAGACUUUACAGACUUUGAUCAAAAGCCUUACAAAGUGCUCAGCAACAGACAUUCAAGCGUUCUGUGUUUUGAAAAUAGUAUAAUGGUGCUUAGUGGUUUUGAAAAUGGUGUUUAUGCGAAUGAAAUUCAUCCUUUGUCUAAACUGGAGAAAAGUUUCAGCGACGUAUUCCUAGUAAAUGAUAUCCUCGUGGUUGUAUACAAAGAUCACUUGCGCGUGAUGAAGAUUUUUCCCGGUGGUUUAAUCUCAGCAGAACAUCAAGAACCAUUUAAGCAUCGCGUUACUAAAGUUUUCGCUUGCCAAAAUUACUUGCUAAUAACGUUUAAUAAAACCAGUGAGUUAAGUAUACUCCAGCUGGACUGUGAUUCAACCCCAGCAGAAGUGCUCAACACUUUUACUUAUGAUACCAACGCAAACGCCGGAUUGAGUAAAGUGGAAAGAAUCACCACCUUCUGUUAUGUCAACCGCUUGUUUUGGGUUGGUACAGAUCAUGGCACUAUCUUAUUGUUUCAUUGUGACAACCAAGAAUUAGUUCUUUUGAAGAAAAUGCGUCCUUACACAGACAGGGUCAAUUAUAUGAUACCAAAAGAAAUCAGUGGCAUUACUACUGUGGUGACGCAUGGUGGUAAUCUAAACUACGGAGCGUUUUUUUAUGAUGGAUCACACAACCAUCAUUUUAAAUUUCAUCGCAAGUUCCUCGGGUUUUCUCAAAGAGAAGAUGAUGUCCGGUGCGAUGAUUUACUCUUACUAUGGUACGCACCUUCAAGGAAGGAACUUUCUAGAUUUCCUGUUGGAAACCAAUCGAAGAAGGUAAAGGGACGAAUGGAGUCUGUUGUUGAGGAUCUUACAAAAGAAUGUUCAAUGAGUUCGUGAUUGUACAUUAUUUUAAAAGUAACUCUGGAUUUUGACGUUUUUAUCAACCUGUAGCAACGUAAGAGCUAAUUGUAACGAUAGAUGAAGUCCUGUGUUACUCAAGCGAUAUCCUCGCCCUGACAAGAAAAAUUGUAAUUUAAUCCAUGAUAAUUAUUUUUUGCCAUAAAGACGUAAGGUAAAAUGUUAGUGGUGAGGUUUGUCUAUUUGUUUGUUGUUUGCUUGUUUGUUGUUGUUGUUUUAUUGAUAUGACCGCUUCCUGAAUCACAAACUUUUCAAUAGUUCUACACAGAUUUUCUGUAGUCCACUAUUUUAAAAUGAUAUCUGUUCUAUGAUAUGGUUUUUAUUAGACCAGAUUAGAGGAGAAGGAAGGGAAAAGGAAAGGGGUCCUGGAUAAAGUGUUAGUAUGAUUUGGUUAUUUUAGUUAAUUUUGUUGUAUUUUUGAUAAGUGAAUAAAAAUAGAUAUAUUACAUAUUUUUUACAUCCAUAAAAUUUUAAGAUGCGUAUUAUUUUAAGUUGACAUUUAUUUUAGUAAUAUAGUAAUUUGAGUAUUUCUUAUGUUUGUAAAUGCAUAUAUCUUUCUGUUUGUAUUACCCUAACAGUCACAUCAUUUUCUCGUCAAAUCACUUCUUUUUUAACCAUUCAACCUUUAGAAAAAAGUGAUUGAUAGUCAAAAAUUAUACAAUCAAGGACAAAAUAUAAUAAAACAGGAAGGCUAAUUUCUAAUUGGUUGUUUCUAAGUCCUGCAUUUUACAUUUGUUAAUGCUCACAGCGGACUUUAAAUUUCAGGUUUAAUCUAUACUCUUGAAUCAUAAUAAUUGUUGCUUACGUCAGCACGACGAAUUUCGCAACCUUCGUGGACCCUGAUGAGAUUUAUUUCGUAGUGCGGCGCGCUAGUGAAAUUUUACAAUCUUUCUACUCACUACCUGACCUCCAUGUGCUCAAGUGGCGCCUCAGCAGCCUCCCGAAUAUUGACCAUUUAAUCUGAAAAAUGUCGAAAAAACUGCCUUUGUUUUAUUAACUUUGUUCACGAUUGUAGAAUUCUUGUUAUAUAAUAACAGCUGUUGGAGCUUUCCUCUAAUGUAUUUGCUAUAUCGCUAGUGGUGCAUGCAUAUUUUUCACACCAAGAUUUUUUUUUGCUUUUUUCCAGAAACAAGAUACACCGAAAAAAAAAGAGCAUUGUAUAUUUUAUGUCAAAUUAGGUUGAGAGAUUUUGUAGUAUUUUUUUUUUUAAAUUUAAUUUUUUAUAUUGUAUAAAUGACAAAACACAAAGUAAUAUUUUCAUUUUUGCAUUUAUUCUUUUUAUACUACUUCUUUUCUUCUUUUUUGCAUAUAUUUUUUUGUACCCUUUUUAACCUGAAUUUGUCUGUGAAAUGAUGUAAAUUUUGCGUCAGUCAGAGCCAAUGACACAAUUUUUUUAGAUCUAUGUACAGGGCACUUUGAUUACACGCAAGGAAUGUACACAUAAAAUUUGGUACUUAUACAGAAAUACCACCGGGUAUGUUUACAUCAGAGAACAGCCUCGACGUUGUUUGAUGUUGUUCUUACAGGUAGCUUAGCUACCCUAUAGCUAAAUUUAGUAUUAAACUAGCAUUUAUUAGUUAAUACUAAGUAAAAUUUGCCAAGUUUAAAUAUUAAAAUUUUUCGCUAUAGCUAGCUAGACUUUUAGCUGGGUCAAAAUUACAUCACAUUACAUUACAUUUUUAUAUAUACUUGAGAGCACCUGCAGGAAAUUUUAU